UUUCAUGAAUUUGGAUGAUCCCAUGCACCCUUUCGCGGGAAUCUCUUGGGAAGUCCUUUCUGUCUGCUUCCUUUCCCUCUCUCUCCUUUAAAACCCCUCCAUUUCUCUCUCGCCAUCUCCUCAUUACAACUACGAAACAUGUCGUUUGUUUUCCACCACCACCACACCUCUCUCCUUCCGUCCUCCACCGCCCACCGCUUUCUUUAUGCGGCGCUGCGUUUUCCGGCCGUCAACCCUCUUGCUAGUUCCACCGGCGCCAGCGGUGCUGUUUUUCCAUCCUGGAAACCAGUCACUCCACCUCCCAGUUUCUCUCUGCAAUGCAAUGCAAUUUCCAGGCCACCUCGUACCGAAGAAUACAUAGAUGUGAUUCAGAGUGGUCUGCCAGUGAUAAAGUGGCACGAGAUCGUGGAUGAUGACACAGACCAAGAUAACACUCAUCAUCAUAAUAAGCAAAAGCAGGAGCUGAUACCUGACAAGAUAAGGGAGAUGGUGGAAUUAGUCCGAUCCAUGCUGCAAUCCAUGGACGACGGAGAGAUAAGCGUCUCGCCCUAUGACACCGCGUGGGUGGCCCUGGUGGAGGACAUCAGCGGCGGCGGACGUCCACAGUUUCCGGCAAGUCUCGAGUGGAUUUCAAAUAACCAGCUCCCUGACGGUUCUUGGGGCGACAGCUACACUUUCUCCAUUUAUGACAGGAUAAUCAAUACUCUAGCCUGUGUGGUUGCGUUGAAAUCGUGGAACGUUCACCCUGACAAAACCCAUAAAGGGAUUUUAUUCAUAAACGAGAAUAUAUACAAGCUCGCGGGUGAGAACGAAGAGCACAUGCCAAUCGGGUUCGAAGUAGCGUUGCCAUCAGUCAUACAAAUGGCGAAAAAGCUCGACAUAGACAUCCCUCUUGACUCUCCAGGCUUGCAAGAGAUCUACGCAAGAAGAGAAUUAAAGCUGACGAGGAUACCAAGGGACAUCAUGCACAAAGUGCCCACAACAUUACUCCACAGCUUGGAGGGGAUGCCGAGCCUUAUGUGGCAAAAGCUAUUGAAAUUACAGUCUGCUGAUGGCUCUUUUCUUUUCUCUCCAUCCUCCACUGCCUUUGCCCUUCAGCAAACCAAAGAUCACAAUUGCCUCAACUAUUUAGCUAACCAUGUUAAGAAAUUCAAUGGUGGAGUUCCGAACGUGUAUCCAGUGGACUUGUUCGAGCACCUUUGGGCAGUAGACAGGUUGCAACGGUUGGGAAUUUCUCGAUAUUUUCAGCCAGAAAUCGAGGAAUGUAUUGAUUACGUACAUAGGUACUGGACAAAUAAAGGAAUCUGUUGGGCAAGAAAUUCGGAGGUUCAGGACAUUGAUGACACGGCAAUGGGAUUCAGGCUUUUGAGGUUGCACGGACGCGAGAUUUCUGCAGACGUGUUCAAGCAUUUUGAGAAGGGGGGAGAGUUCUUCUGCUUCGCGGGGCAGACGACCCAGGCUGUUACUGGGAUGUACAACUUGUACAGGGCUUCUCAGUUGAUAUUCCCCGGAGAGAAAAUACUUGGGGAUGCGGCCAAGUUUGCGGCCAAGUUCUUGCAACGAAAACUAGCUAAUAAUGAGCUAUUGGACAAGUGGAUUAUUACAAAAGACCUGCCAGGCGAGGUGGGAUAUGCACUAGACGUUCCAUGGUACGCCAGCCUACCUCGAGUUGAAACAAGGUUUUACUUGGAACAAUACGGCGGGGAAGACGAUGUCUGGAUUGGGAAAACCUUGUACAGGAUGCCGUAUAUUAAUAAUAACACCUAUCUUGAGCUGGCAAAAUUAGACUACAGCAAUUGCCAGGCCUUGCAUCAGCAGGAGUGGAAAAGCAUUCAAAAAUGGUACAAAAAUUGCAACAUCGGAGAGUUUGGAUUAAGUGAGAGCAGCCUUCUGGUGGCCUACUACAUAGCCGCAGCAAGCGUGUUAACUAUUGUGUCGCAUCCUGACCUACAACAACUUUCCAGUGAGCAGAAGCGCACCUUUGUUAAUAUAUUCGAACAACAUGGCUGCAUCCUCAAUUACGCUAAUGGAGGAAGGUACGAAAGAAGAAACAGUAUCGUGUCGGCGCUGAUCAAAACUGUAAAUCAGUUGUCACUGAACGUUUGGCUGGCACAUGGCCGAGACAUCCAUCAUUCGUUAAAUCAAGCGUGGCAUAAAUGGCUGAAAACCUGGGAAUCAGAAGGCGAAGACAUUCCAAGACAUGGGGUUGAUGCAGAGCUAUUGAUCCGCACCUUAAAUCUCUGCCAGGGAGGGACAAUUUCCGAGAAGACACUAUUGUCGCAUCCUAAGUACAACCGACUCUUGGACACCACUGUCAGGGUCUGCCAUCAACUUCGUCUAUUUCAAUACCAAAAGGUGGUGGAUUGCAAUGGAGGCAUGACUAGCACCGGAGGCAUCACGACGGCACAGAUAGAAUCAGACAUGCAAGAACUGGUGAAGUUGGUGCUGACCAAAUCCUCGAAUGAUCUGGAUUCUCGUAUUAAGCACAACUUUCUUGCUAUUGCUAGGAGUUACUAUUAUGCAGCCUAUUGUAGUGCAGCAACCAUCAACUUCCAUAUCGCCAAAGUACUCUUUGAGAGAGUACUCUAACCACAUUGUAUACAUGUAAAUCCGUGUGGCUGUAAUAAAAUAUUAAAUUAGGAAAGGUUCAUUUGUAACAUCAAGUUAAUUUAUUUAAAUUAUAUAUGUACAAAUCAACAACAAUUAAGAUGGAGUACAAAAAAUUAGUGUUUUUAA